GGCGGCGCGGGAUCCGGGCCGCGGGGGCAGCGGCGGCUGCGGGACUCGCCAGUCCCGACGGGAGCGGGUCCGAGGCGCAGCCUGAGCCCGUCAUGGAGCAGCCCAGGAAGGCGGUGGUGGUGACGGGGUUUGGCCCUUUUGGGGAACACACUGUGAAUGCCAGCUGGAUUGCAGUGCAGGAGCUGGAGAAGCUAGGGCUUGGCGACAGCGUGGACCUACAUGUGUAUGAGAUUCCAGUCGAGUACAAGACGGUCCAGAGGCUCAUCCCUGCCCUGUGGGAGAAGCACAGCCCACAGCUCGUGGUGCAUGUGGGGGUGUCGGGCAUGGCGACCGCGGUCACACUGGAGAAGUGCGGGCAUAACAAGGGCUACAAAGGGCUGGACAACUGCCGCUUCUGCCCCGGCUCCCAGUGCUGCGUGGAGGACGGGCCCGAAAGCAUUGACUCCAUCAUCGACAUGGAUGCUGUGUGUAAGAGGGUCACCACGCUGGGCCUGGAUGUGUCAGUGACCAUCUCCCAAGAUGCCGGCAGGUACCUCUGCGAUUUCACCUACUACACCUCUCUGUACCAGAGUCAUGGCCGCUCAGCCUUUGUUCAUGUGCCCCCGCUGGGCAAGCCGUACAACGCAGACCAGCUGGGCAGGGCGCUGCGGGCCAUCAUCGAGGAGAUGCUGGAUGUCCUGGAGCAGUCAGAAGGCAAAAUCAACUGUCGCCACAAACACUGAGAGCCUCUUAGGCCUCCCAAGACCUCGUCCCACUAGGGACCCUGGGAGGGACAUCUGCCUUCUGGGGCCCGGCCAAGGAGGAUACGCCUGACAGCUGGGGAUCUGAUUUGGAUCAAUAUUUCCGACUUACCCACCUCUUCCUUUUUCUCCGCAAAAGGGCUGGUCAAUUUGCCAAGGGGUGGCUGAAGAUUUUUUCCUCUAUUGCCCUUUGCUUUAGGGGACACCGCCACAAUGGCUGGGAAGCCCGUGGGUCCCGAUCUCCACGGGGAAUCCUGGCCGAGUGGAUCUCUGCUCUUUGAUCCCGCAGCUGGGGCCCCCUGUUCACCUGCCUGUCUAAGUCUCCGCUGAAGGGAUUCCGGUGUUCCCCCCCGUCCAUGACUGGUUUUUCCCAAACUUAAAAACUCCUUGAAAUGUCUUUGCCCUGAUUCAUGUCCCAACAGCCUGGACAGCCCUGGAAAGGGCUGCCUUGGGAUAUGGCAGGGGCUUUUUUUUUUUUUUUUUUCUCCUCUCUCUCUCUCUCUCUCUCUCUCUCUCUGUCUCUCUUACUCUGGAGCAGGGCUGCCGGUGGAAAGCAGACCUUGUCAUUUUGACACGCACAUGACUGUUGUUUUUUUUUUUUUUUUUAAUGUGUAAAAAUUUAUAGCAGCUGCAAACCCACCCCACAUCUGGCCUGGAUUUUUGCGGACUUGGUGCUGGGGACCAGCUUAUUGCUCUCCUCAUGGUGGUGGGGGCAGAAUGGGGCCUGGGGGCUGGAGUUUGCCGAACUCCGUGUGUGCUGGUGUGUUUGAGCACGAGGGUGGCGAAGCAGCCAGGGGGCUCUUGUGUAGAUGGUUUUGGAGGCGCGCCCAGGACUCAGGAGUAAAUUUUGACCUCACUCCCUGGCAGCUUUGAACUUGCCAGCCGGGGAUGAGAGUAACGCCACCCAGCUGGACCUUGAUUACCGGUCAGAGGGAGAGAACGACCACAGCAACCAGGAAGCCAACUGAGGAAAACACCCAUUCGGGAAGGGAUCUACUACUUUGGGGGACUGGGUUUUGCUUUGUUUUGUUUUGUUUUGUUUUCUUCAACCUUCACCUUCUUCCCCUCUUGUUCCGAUGGCCAGGGGAGGUCCUGCCUCUGCUGAGCUGCUGUGUCGCUGGGAAACCGGGUUGAUGGGUUUCUGAGUUAAACGCAUUUGCAUUUUCGGAGUCCUGGGUUUGCUCUGGAUGGGGGAGUGGAGAGAAGGGGGUGACUUGGGGCCGGCACUUGGCAAUGGGUGUGGACUGUGGCUGGCAGGUUGAAAUGAUUGGGACUCUUUCUUCACGCCCGCCUGCCUUCUACCAGAAAUGUCCCUUUCACGUCCCCAGUCUGAGUUUGUAGUCUCCCGAGAGAUCUGCAGCGUGGGAUUCUGUGAGCAGAAAUUGCGGCUCUCCUGAAUAUGGGGAGCUCGAGGCUCAUGGGUUAGCUCGGUUCCCCAAAGGUCCGAUCUGCAGGUGUCGGAGGAGGAAACGAAUCCAGGCAAGAUGGGGAGGGAAGAGGUGGGGCGUUCCUGGAGAUGAGCCACGUCUGUGCUUAGCUGGAUACCCACUGGAACCCAGACGCACCAUCCCCAAACUCUGCAUUUCCAUCCUUCUUUUGUCUUCAUUUUGCCUCUCUGUGUGAAGCAACAUGUGAUUCAGAAAGUUAGAGGUAUAACUUAUUGUCCGAUCGUCGUUGAGUGUACGUAUGUCAUUUUUGUGUCCCGGCAAUGAUUUUAGAUUUUCUCAUCCAGUCCAGCUGGAAUCCUCUCCUUGUCCACAAUGCAGAGCAUUUCGCUCAUUCGUAUUUAAUCAGACAGCCAUUGAACGUUUCACCCACUUCCUGCCAGCUCUUUGAUCAUCCAGUUUGGGGCAGACUCGCCUGUUCCCUCCAGGGCGUGUCUGUCCGCAUUUAUCGGGCCUUGGACUAAAAUGUCCUUGUGUGAGAAGGGAGGACCAAGCCCCGUUCUUCCUCCCUCAUCAUUUGCGGAGGCUCGGGGGGAGGGGGGCACCCAGAACGGGGCAGGGGGAUGGCUCUGUGAAGUGGCUUAGCCGCGUGUGGAGGGGAGAUGCUGAGAGCAAGUGUUAACGGUAGAAAGAUGGGCAGAGAGAUGUGGUGGGAAGGCUGUUGGGGGAAUCUUGUAGGAGAGUGGGGAGGCGCCUCUGGGCCCCCAUGGCGGGGUGCCGAGGUGGGGGAUGGGGACAGCAACGGUCAUCUGGGUGUCUGGUGAUGGCAUGUCCUUUAAGGUGCCAGAGCCUCUGCACCUCAUACCUUUCUUCUUCUCUCAGCCCCUUUGGCUCCCCCUUCCUCACCAAAAAGAAGGCCAGUGGUAUGUACUUGAGGGUGUAGCUUGAAAAAGAAAUAAGAAGGCGUGGUUAGAGAGAAGGAAAGGUGGCAAGAAGCAGGAAUUUGAGUCGGUGGCCUGGGCUUGUACCACCUGGCCCGCCUGGUCCGGUCAAGGAACAGCCAAAGGUCCCUUGGCCACUGGGAGAGACAGGGCCAGGUGGGGGACAGAGGUCAGGGCCGGGUGGGGGGGACGGAGGUCAUGGCUUCCCAGGUGGUGCCAGGUCUUUGGGGGAAAUGUCAGAUUGCAAUAGUUCCAGCAAGGCAAAGAGUUUUCAGCUGCCUUGCUCUUUGCUGGCACAGUGACUUCUGGAACAGAAAGGGCCUGCUCAGGGGGAUGGCUGGAAAAGUAGAUUCAGGAUGCCUUUUUGUUGUCUUAGAAGUUUCUGCCAGGAAGCCAGGCCCGCUGGUGUGCGUGUGCGUGUGUGUGUGUGUGUGUGUGUGUGCACCCGCAUGCCUGUGUCCCCCGAGGGCGACUGGGCCAGGGAGGGGAGCUGCUCCUGGAAAUCCCCCCACCCCACCAGCCUCUUUUCUGCUGCCACUGUCUAGACUGUUGACCUUUGACCUCUCCACCCCUUGGAGUGUUUAAACCCAAAAGUCCCCUCUGGGGAGAGUGGGACAAAGCCCCAUUCUUCUCCAUGGCCCCAGCCUCCACCCCGAGACCCUCGAAAGCGCACGCGUGAGCCUGCAGCCGGUGUGGGGACGUUGAUGGUCAUUCAGGCGGAGGCAGGCCACCGCGUUGCCAGGUGGCUCCUCGUGGCCACGAGUCCCCCACUGUAUCCAUUGACUCCGGGAAGCCGAAAAGGGCUUUGGUUUUUAUAUCCCAGAUUGCAUUUCCCUUCUCCAGGCACAAGUGCCUCAAAAGGGCCUGGGCCUGCUGGCUGGGAGGGAGAACAUCUCUGUUUUUGUGGUGAGGAAGCACAUUAAAGGCCACGGACCCCCUCACACCCAUGGCAGCGUGGCUCUUUGGGGUGGGAGGCCAUUUGCUGACAUCCACAUCUCGGGUGGAUGCUGAACAUUUCUGCUAAGAGACUCUGUCCUCCGGUUCAUGGGCGGUUGUCACAAGCUGAGUGUCGCGGGCUCCCAGGUCUCUGGGGGACCUGUUGCCAAACCCAUUUCUCCCCCUGUCUCUCCUCACCAAGCCUCCCUUUCAGCUGCCUGGAGACCCACAGAAGUGCCUGCCUCUCUAAUAAACACGGGGCACAGAGAAAGGGGACGAGAUGAGAAAGAGAGAAGUAACCCCAGGCUCUGGACCCCAGGGCCCAGGCCAGGGUCGCCGGAGCCAUUUGCAGAGGUGGGGUCUGGAGCGAGUGAUUUUGUGACUGACACACUUUGUCUCCAGGAAAUCACAGAGAAAGCCAGUUUGGAAUUGGGCUCUGUGCUUCCCGGGUGUGUGGCAUCCCCAGAUGCCAAGGAAGCUACGUCGGGAUCUUGGGAAGCAGAAUUGGCUUUUGCCUGCCCUAGGGGUACCUGGUAUGUUUCUGGGGCUCCGUUAACAUCUCAGGUUUCUAUCUCAUCCUGUAUCUCUCUUUAGGAAAAACCUUUCCCACCGAAGGUAACUGCAUUUUCUGUCCCCCAAGGUGGGCCUGGCCCCUGCACCCUCGGGGUGGCUUCUCCCUGACCCCCAGAGUUCCUGUGAGUGCCUUGUCCGAAACCCUCCUGGCUGGGACCCCUGGCUGGGGAAGGGUCUGUCGGACUUUGCUGGGGGCUGGGCUCUGGGACACCCCAAUCUUGACACCCCAGAAAGCAAAUAAAACAGUUGAAAUAUGUGAUUUCUUGUGUGUCUUUGUGAGAGGUUAGCAGCCACUGGGGUCAUCCCCAGCCUGAGGGCAUCAGUGGGCACAGGGGGCUCUGACUCACUGGGAUUUCUGUCCUUGGUGCCCACUUUGUGGCGGCUGUUGUGAGUGUGCUGAGUGGAUAAUGAUGAGGGGGUUUCUGUACAGAAUGGUCUCCCUCCUCACAACCCAAUGCCUCUGUUCUGAUGCACAGAGAGAUCAAGUAACUUGCCUACUGUCCCACAGCAAGGGGGUGUGGUGGUGCUGGGGUUUGAGUCAUGGUCGUUUAGACUCCCGGCGUGUGCAAUAUUCCCACUCACAACUCUGUGGUGGGGGUGCCAUUACGACCUUUCACAGAUGGGGAAACUGAGGCUCUGACAGGUGAAGCCUCUUGUCAUGGCCAGGGAGAGGAGAGGCAGGAAAGUGAACCCAGGCCAGCUUCUCUGGCACUGAGUAGUUUGAACCAGAGACAGGGCUUGGUCAUUCCCCUAUGUCUGUCCUCGGAAGGAAUGAAGCCACUCUAGGGUCAGGGGCUUUCAAAGAAUAGAUUUAAAAAAUUUUUUUUCCUAAUGUGUUUUUUAUUUAUUUUUAAGAGACAGAGACAGAGCACUGGCUGGGGAGGGGCAGAGAGCGAGGGAGACACAGAAUCUGAGGCAGGCUCCAGGCUCUGAGCUGUCAGCACAGAGCCCCACGCGGGGCUCGAACUCACAAAUGGUGAGAUCAUGACCUGAGCCAAAGUUGGAUGCUUAACCGACCAACUGAGCCACCCAGGCUCCCCCAAAGAAUAGAUUUUUGAAACCAAAAGGACUUGUCUUGGGGGAUGUUGGUCCCGGGGGAGGGGGCACCUCCUUGAAGUCCCUGAGGACACAGGGACUUUGCACCCUCAGAGGAAGUGUCCUCUGCACCCAGCACAGCUCCCGGCGUUUCAUAGGUGUGCAGUAAACUACAGGGGAAGGUGGGAAAGGGGUGAGGGCUCAGUGUUCUAUCUCGAGGCCAGCAGGGGGCGCAAGGAGGCGCCGGAGUCUCCAGGGAGCGGAAGACAAGCCCCGGAAGGCCAGCUUCCUUCUCUAGCCCAGGCCCUCACACCACCUGCUCCUUACCGCUGGAGCCCUGUCUCCCUGUGGCUACAUCGGUCACUUAUGAAGUGCCUACUGUGCAUUGGUGCCUGGGCUGGGGACACACCAGGGAUCCAGCAGUUUCCAGGCCGGGAGUACAGUGCAGGGGAUCCGGCAGUGAUGGGGGACAUACAGGGAGCUGAACGGUCAAGGCAUAUGAGGGGAGGCUCAUUAGAGGGUAAGGCUUGGAGAAGUCUCUGUUGGCCCCAUUCAAUAGUUUCCGUCAGCUCUCGCCUGGACAUUCUCAGUCUUGGAGAUCAGGGGCUUGGACGAUGGGGUUUUGGGGUGACGGGGAGUUCGGAGCUGACAGCCAAGAAAGAAUUCUUGAAGACAUCUUUGGUGCAAAAAAGGGGAUUUUAUUAAAGCACGGGGACAGGACCCGUGGGCAGAAAGAGCUGUACUGGGAUUGGGAUGGGUAACUCAUUAUAGACCUUCGGGUUGGGAGGGGGUUAGGGAUAGAGCAAAUCUCUAAGGUAUUUUGGAAGCAAGGUUUCCAGGGCCUGGAGGGCCUCGGUGUUGUUUGGAAAACGUCAUUUGUUACCGAUUAGUAAAACCUCAGUCAUGAGACCCUUCAGAUGUAUAUCAGAGGGUCGUAUGCUUGGAGUAUGAUUGCCAGCAUAUAUCUUGGGGGAGUUGAGAUAAAGGAAGUUUCCAAAGGAAUUUUUAUAUGUUAAAGGAGACUCACAGGAUCCUGGGGGGUCAGGAUAAUGUUAAGCCAAGAUUGUCUUUUGUCCCCAGCAAAGUGUCAUCGUCGGGGCAGCUGAGCUCCUAGAGGAAGGUCGCUCUGCCUGAUUCAAGGACUCGUCAAUGGGCUGUAGGCAGUAAGGGAAUUUCAUUUUUCCUUAGUUUGCCUUAGUUUCCCACAUCACCACGGCAAGCACAUAAACCCCUUUCCUUUGUUCUUGGGUAGCCGGGAGUGUCCAAGGAAUGUCACACAUAUCCCACCAGAGCAAGGGGGGUUGCUAGCCUGUACUUUGCCCUUGGCUUGGAUUAUGCUCCCUCACCAUUGGACACCAGUCUCAUCCUUCUUGUCCACCUGAUUCUGGGGAUCCGAUGGGGGCCCCUCCCCAUCUCUCAUACCCUCCAUGGCUCUCUUGUGCUUCCAGGAGAAAGCCUGACUCCUCUGCUGGGCAUUUGAACCUCUGUUCUCUGGUUACCACCAAUCCCAAGCUAUCCCCUCUGCCUGGAAGCCCUCCUGCCCCCAUUUAUACCUGGAGAACUCCUAUGCAUCCCUCAAAACCCAAGGUCAUCUUGGGACACGUUGUAUGUGAAAGUCCUGGGUAGGGGUAAGGGGGGAGGGUGAAGUGCUGAGCCGGAUAUCCCAAAGUCCUUCCCCCACACCCUCUUUAACUUUCCUACCCCUUCCUUUCUGCACUGGCAGCUUGCCAUCACGCAUUCAGCAGUUUCUACAAGGAGUGUCUCAGACCUGCCCUGACAUGUCCAGGUCCCUGGAAAGGGGGAGGGGCAGGCUCAGGCUGCCCCACCACAACCACCCCCACCCCCACCCCCACCCCCACACACUGUGGUCCUGAUGGGGAAGGUGGGGAGGCCAAGAUAGACAGAGACUCUGAGAGACUGAAAAGCAGAAAUGCAGAGAGAGCAAGGGAGAGAUUCAGAAACAGGCAGAGAAAAUACGGGAAGUCCCUAGACAUUUUCUCUUCCAAACUCCUGUGAGGACACGCAAGGGGCAGAGGGGGUCCCGAGCCAGCCAAGGAAAAGGAUUUGAGGUGUUGGAUGACCUGGCUGGGUGCUGUGUGUCCCAGCCAGGCACAGGGUGCCCUGCUCUGGGCUUCGGUUUCCCCCGUGCUAACAUUCACCCACCUUCAUGUGGCAGGACUGUGUGUCUGUGCUCAGCCAGGGGCUGGCACCGAGUGGGUGCCCCAUUAAUGGCCAUCGUAGCUCCCAGAACCAUGACAAGAGCCAGCUCACGUGCCAACCUGGGCGCUGGAGCGCGGGGAAGGGAGGGCAGGCUCGGGGUUCCCCGGGCCAAACGUUCCGGGCAGUGAGCACGUGGGGUCCCGAAGCCUGCUGCCUCAGCUGACCCACUUCCUGCCCAGCUCAGGCUGUCCAUAGCCCCCCCUCGGCCAGGAACCCGCACAGCCGGUCCCGGGGGCUGAGCUAACUAACCACUUCCGCCCCAGGCAGCUUGGCCGGGCUGACUCACACUCAGCUGUCCUCACCACUCCUAACCCACGGAGGGAGAGUUAAUGGGGGGCAAGGGGGAGGGGCUGGCAGAGGCCCAAACCCAGAAUAAGAGAGGUCAGGCUGGAAGCAUCACAGAGGAGAAUCAUUCACCAGUCAACUUCCCGACAAAUGAAAACCUGACCUUGAUAAGGGAAAAAAAAAAAAAAAAAAGAAUAAA